AUGUUGUGGGGAAUGAGCAGAAGUCUGGUGCAUCCUGGAAAAGAAUCGCCGCAUACUUUGCUGCAAGUUACAAGCUGGCUGGUUGUGAACAAAGAGAGGCAAGUCACUGCAAGUCGUUGGCACAAGAUCAAUGAUCUUGUAGGCAAGUUUUGUGGAGCGUACGAAGCUGGAACCAGAGAAAAAAGCAGCAGCCAGAACGAGACUGAUGUGCUCAAGCAUGCUCAUGAAAUCUUCUUCAACAACUACAAGAAGAAAUUCACCCUUGAGAAUGUGUGGAAAGAGCUACGGAACGACCAGAACUGCUGCUCAAGCAACUACUUGUCCCCCGGGUUGAAGGCAUCAAAGGGGCAUGGUAAGCAUACGACCAAGGUUGAGGGUAACUCGGUGGCUGAUUUUCAGAGCAUGUGGAGCAUCAAGAAAGAGUACUUGGCUAUCAAAGAGAGACUCUCUAAGAUGAAGCUACUCGAUAGUCUUAUUGCUAAACAAGAACCGUUGGCUAACUAUGAAGAAGCACUGAAGAAAAAACUUAUUACUGAGUUGUUGGCUUAA